AUGCACGGUUGGAGCGACGGCGCAAAAAUCGGGUUCAGCGCAAUUAUUGAUGCAGCUAUGCCGGACAAUAAUUCCAAGCUCAUUCAUGCAGUCGUUACAAGCAGUUUCAUAGCCGUGGAGGCUCGCUACUUCUUGGUAAAAACAUGCGAUGAUGUUCAGAAUCUCAACGCAAACUCUACGAAAAUAGAAGAAUUAGGCAUAACGGAGGAUCCCGAUCCAUCUGUCGACAAGAAGGAGGACACUCGGAUCUUGAAACGUUUUCAGGAUACCGCCCAGGACAUCUGGAAGAAAGAAUACCAGUGGGACGCUCCGUUUGACCACGAAGACCAUCAGCGAUGGGACGAAUUGGUCCAGCAACUCAAACAUCCGUUGCCACCAAUUCCACGUUUCAUAGCUUCCACAAACCGCAAUACCACGUAUGAGCUCGCAGUCUUUGGAGACGCCUCACAACGUCUCUUUGCCUGCUGUGCUUACCCUAUUUGCCACUCACCCUCAACCACUUCUUCACAACUAAUCAUGGCUAAGUUAUUGUUAGCAACGGCUAAACUCCAGAUGACUAUGCCACGAUUAGAGUUACUCGCAUCCCUGAUAAGUGCAGACGUUCAGGCGAAGCUCUACUAUGUGCAAUCAGACUCGAAUCCAGCUGAUUGUGCAACUCGUGGACUAUCGAUGGCUGACGCUCUCAACCACAUCUGGUGGCAUGGACCAUCCUUCCUCUGUUCCCCACUGUCGGACUGGCCUAAGGCCGAUACGGACUUUCCUCUACCUCAGGAUCUUUGCCCUGAGGCGGAGCACGAGUUUUAG